CGGUCAAGCGCUGACGACGGUGCAUAAUUAGAACGAGUCUAUUUCCGUCUUCAUUGUCAUUGACGCCAUGAACAACGAAGUUGAAGUGAACGCCGAGGCUUGGAAGGCGUUUGGCUCGGAUACGGAGGCCGGUCGGCUCCUCAAGAAGCUCUACAACGGCAAUACCAAGCCGCAAAUCAAAUACCCCAAGGUUCUCACCAAGCAGCGGGAGCCCGUGGGGCCGUUCAUUCCCGGUGGGGGCGUCGCAGCCCGCGAUGCGCGCAGCUCCAAGCUCGCAACGUCCAACACAGCACGUGCCAUCAAUGUGCCAGCACCCUGCGCAAGCAACCAAACCUCGCACCAAUGUCACGCGAUUGAUGUGCUGCCGAUCCACCGCCGGCCCAAGGACGUCAUUGCAAAGGAGCUUGCGCAGAUCAAGGCGAGCAUCGAAGGCUACCACCCGCGCGUCUCCAAGUUUCCAGGCUCCAAAGAAGAAAAGGAGAAAUUACAGCAAAAAUUCACCUACUUGCCGGGCUCGAUCCUACCGCGUGAGAUGCUACCGGGCGCAGACCUCCUGGAUAAGGAGCUCAGUCAUCAAGAUGCGCUGCGCGAGCCAAAGUCGACGCUUACUGAGCUUCGCAAGCUGGCCAAGCAAGUGACCGCGGACAUUGACGCCCGCAAGCGCCACGCCAACGACAUGGCCGCGCUCGGGAAGGCAUUACCUGCGCUUCAGUGGACAGAGGAACUCUCGGGCCUCUACAAGGACUUGCAGAACAUUCAGCGCCUUAUCCAAGAACACUCGCGGGACGACUGAUUAGAUAUAACAGUGCGGUUCACAUGUUAUAUAAGAGCUUAGUCGGCCAUGCUAUGUA